GACACAUUCUGGAAGUAGGUCGCGUGUUUUGGCCUGAAGCGCCAUGGUGUGCUUCCCGGACUGCUCCGCUUUCUUCAACCAGCGUUUGGUGCUUGAGAAACGCACAGAAGUCAUGCUGUGGCGUGAAUCCAGCACAGAAUCGUGGGGUCUUGAGAUUGGCAAGGCAGAUGAUGGUUUGUUCAUCCAGUCACUGCUUCAAGAUUCUCCCUCCAUAGCGCGAUGGCACAGAGAACACCCAGACCCACACUUUCGCAUUUGGCCAGCGUAUGCCAUUUUGACGGUGAACGGCCGUGAAACGAGUGAUGAGAUGAUGGAAGAGUUGCGCUCAGCAAACGUGGUGGAGAUGACACUCUCUUCAUUGUUGACGCCGUUGCAGAGAGCAACAUAUGUCGCAUUGCGUCAACAACAUCGAGAGAGGAAGAGGUGGAUUGCAGUGAGUGCGCUCUUGAGUGAUGUCGAGGUCGCCACCGGUGCAGGCCAAUGUUCCAUUUGUUUGGAGGAGAUGGAGGAAGGCUCCCAAAUAGUGAAGCUGCCCUGCGGCCACCUGUUUCAUAAAACAUGCGUCUCAAAGUGGCUGCGCACCGGGAGCCAGACUUGCCCUUUGUGCAAAGAGCAGUUCAGAGUCGAUGCCUAAACACGCCAGUCGUUGUUGUUUUCCUUCAACCUUCAGCCCAUGGCAGGGGCGCUCUACAGUUUCUUAAAUCAGCCGGGUGGGACGGCUGGACGCAAUAUGAUGCGAUCCAUCGUGUCUACCUAGCACUACUUGCAAGGGCCUGUGGCCCUUGAAGCGCAAGUCGCGCAGCUGCAACUUGCUCCAUGAUUUGGUUGAGUUUAGU